AUGGAGCAAGAUGAGGGGAAGAGUGGGGAGAGGGGAGAACACAUUAAAAGGGAUGGGGAGAGGGGUGAGAGUGAGGGGAGACCACGGCACGACACAGCAUCACGCACCAACACAGCAUCACACACCAACACAGCAUCACACACCAACACAGCAUCACGCACCAACACAGCAUCACACACCAACACAGCAUCACGCACCAACACAGCAUCACGCACCAACACAGCAUCACGCACCAACACAGCAUCACGCACCAACACAGCAUCACACACCAACACAGCAUCACGCACCAACACAGCAUCACGCACCAACACAGCAUCACGCACCAACACAGCAUCACACACCAACACAGCAUCACGCACCAACACAGCAUCACACACCAACACAGCAUCACGCACCAACACAGCAUCACACACCAACACAGCAUCACACACCAACACAGCAUCACACACCAACACAGCAUCACGCACCAACACAGCAUCACACACCAACACAGCAUCACGCACCAACACAGCAUCACACACCAACGAAAAAGGAUACAGGGGAUGA